AUGAAAGGGGAGGCGGAGCCCCGCCGGCUGAGUGACAGGGCGCGGCAGCCAGCCGGCGCGGCACUCGGGCGCCGUGUGGGCGGGGCGCCGCGGCGGCCAAUGGGCAGCGGCGCGUGGCCCGGAGCGAGCGCCUCAAAGCCCGGCGGCGCUCAGCUGAUCGGCGCGGCUGGGGGCCCCGAUCCGCGCGCCCCGCUGCCCGCCGCGCUGCCGCUGGGGCUGAGCCUGCUGCACGCGCUGCUCUACGGCGGCCUCUUCCUCUUCGCGUACCUGCAGCUCUGGCUGCUCUUCUGCUACCGCGAGCGGCGGCUGAGCUACCGCAGCGUGUGCCUCUUCCUCUGCCUGCUCUGGGCAGCGCUGCGCACCGUCCUCUUCUGCGCCUACCUGCAGAGCGCCCUGCGCGCCGGGCCGCUCCGGCUGCCGCCCUUCCCGCGCUGGCUGCUCUUCUGCCUGCCGGUCUGCCUGCUCUUCGCCACCGUCUGCCUGCUCGCGCUCUACUUCGCCGAGGUUAUCUUCAAGGUCAAGUGCGCAGCUGAAUUCAACAAGUACAGGGCGCUCUUGUACGCGGGCUCCAUAUUCACCAGCCUUCUCUUCGUCUGCGUGAACCUGACGUGCACCUUGUUAGCCCGGGAUGAUGUGCCGGAAGAUCAGCUGAGGUGGACGCUCCUCGCCCGGGCCCUGAUCAAUGACAGUCUGUUCAUUUUCGGUGCCGUCUUGCUCGCGUUUUGCAUGUGCAAACUGUCGAAAAUGUCUUCAGCAAAUGUUUACCUUGAGUCAAAGGGCACGUCCGUCUGCCAGGCUCUCCUCGUGGGCUCCGUCGUCAUCCUCUUGUACUCUUCAAGGGCCUUCUACAACUUGGUGGCGGUGGCGAUCUCUCCGGACCGUGUGCCCAGCCCGUUCAACUACGGCUGGGAUAACCUUUCGGAUCAGGUCCGAGGGGAGGAAGUCGGCAGCGAAGAGUUCGUGGUCUUCGGCGUGGUGCUGUUUCUCUGGGAGUUCGUUCCAACCACGUUUAUGCUGCUCUUCUUCCGGGCACAGAGGCUGACGCAAAACUUGGCGCCCGCGGGGAUGAUCAACAGCCACAGUUACAGCUCCCGGGCCUACUUCUUCGACAACCCCCGGCGGUACGACAGCGACGACGACCUCCCGCGGCUCAGCGGAGGAAGCUUGUCUACUCCGCCGAACGCCGGGUGGUACGGCUCUCUGACGGGCAGCGAGAGCUGCAGCGCCGCCCCCGCCCUGGCCGUGCCGCCGAGAGAUGUCCCCCCGCUGCUCUUCUCUCACGGGAGCCUGGAGUCGCGAAGCCAGCCCAACGGACACCUGUCGGCACAGAACUGACCGCGGCGGCGCUCCCGCGGACGACUCCACGGCGCGGGA